AAUUACUAAUUGCCACACUUGAUAGAAUAUUUAUUUCCUGUAGUUAGAACCUUCUAUGAUCUUUACUACUCGGUGAUAAUAUGUUGAUAUUAUUCAGCAGUAUAUUCAUGAGUUGGCUUGAUUGUGUAGAGUUGAAUUAUAAAUACACUGCCAUAUCGAUGUGGUUUAAUUCUAUGUAGUUAAUAAAACAAGUAUAUAUUCACAAUCCCAACUUAACAAUCAUGACUCAACAAACUUAUUUAAUUGCUGGAGCUACUCGUGGUAUUGGUCUCGAAUUGACUAAGAAAUUUGCCGAAGCCAAUUCUGCUAAUGUCGUUAUCGCCACUGCCAGAGAUUUAUCCAAUUCCAAAGGAUUACAUGCUUUAGCUGAAAAGUUAUCUAACAUCAAAAUUAUUCAAUUAGAUUUUGCUUCUGAAAAAUCUAUCGAUACUAUUGAUAAACAAUUAGAGGCUUUAGGAAUUAAGGGAAUUGAUACCUUCAUUUCAAAUGCUGCAAUUUUUGAAAAUAAGCCUUCACUUUUUGAGACUGAUGGGGAAAACUUAAGAAGACAUUUUGAAGUAAAUGCCGUAGGUCCAAUUUUGAUUUUCAAAAAAGUGUACAAGUACUUAUUGGAAAAGGAAACAAAGAAGGCUAUCUUUAUUAGUACUUUGGCAGCUUCUUUAUCGAAUUAUUCAAUCCCAACUUCAAGUUAUGGUCAAUCAAAGGCUGCUUUGAACUAUGCAGUUCUACAAUUUAGUUUUGAGUUGAAAGAUAAGGGAUUUACAAUUGUUGCUUUACAUCCUGGAGCUGUUGCAACAGAAGGCGCUAAAACAGCAGUUAUUAGAAUGGGUCUUUUGGACUUUUUCGAAGCAAAUAGUAUCAGUACUGAUGAAAGUACUACUGGAGUUGUCAAAGUCGUUCAAGGGUUGAAGCCUGAAGAUACUGGUAAAUUCUUAGAUUACAAAGGCGAAGAAAUUCCAUGGUGAACGACAAGUAAGAUACACAAGUUUGUGUAACAGUUACACGAGGUUUUUUGCUUUGUUUAUUACUGUUAUUUACAACGUUUUCUAAAUAUAGAGUUUUGAUGCAGAGAUCGUUCAAUUGUUGUAGACUAGUUAGGCAUUAAUGAAUCAAUAUAAGGUAACUAUAACCUGAGUAUCCUAACUAUUUAAAUGUAAGUGCCAAGUUCUUAUUAAUAUUCAUUAAAACUAUAACUUAGUGAAUUGUGAAUUUCAACAUUUAAAACUUGUGACUUGUGACCUCUACUCAACUCUAACUAAAAAGUCUAAAAAAUCCAUGGUGAGGUCUUCUUCUUCUCAUCUCCUCCUUCUCCAGAUUUGAUAGCAAUUCAUUAUACAUCCUGAUUAGGAAAUACGCUUAAGAUGUCGCGUUUUUGU